AUGUCGUCUACGGAGGUUCCCGACCCUGAGAUGGUCCAACGCAUAACACCUCACCAAGACGAUUCCGCGAAGAGGUAUUCAAUGGCGGAGGUAGAGCGAGCAGACUCGGUGCCUGAAGAUAUCGAGGGUAAGGGAAAUCAUGCAGAUUACAACAAAGUCGACAAAGAAGUCGCCAAAUAUUCGUCGGCUAUCCGUAUCAAAAUAACGCCCGAGGAGAACGUCAGGCUACGGAAAAUGAUCGACAAGAGAAUCUUGGUCGUAAUGAUUAUGACUUAUUUCCUCCAAGCUAUCGACAAAGGCACACUAUCCUUCUCUUCGAUCAUGGGCCUGCCGAAAGACACCGGCAUGCUUACGCCUGAGGGAAAAGUUAGCCAGGACUUUUCUUGGUUGACUACGUGUAUCUACAUAACUAUCCUCGUCGUCGAGUACCCGCAGAACUAUAUCAUCGCCCGAGUUCCCGUCGCCAAGUACCUUGGUUUUUCAAUCAUCGCGUGGGGUGUCGUUUUGGCUUGCCAUGCUGCAUGUAAAAACUUCCUCGGGUUGGUAAUCGUCCGGACGCUUCUGGGACUGUUCGAGUCGGCUUGCCAACCUGCUUUCGUUAUCCUCUCCGCUAUGUGGUAUAGACGCGAAGAACAAGCCUCGAGGGUUACCUAUUGGUAUAUGAUGAACGGCGCGCAGCAGAUUGUCGGCGGACUCCUCGCCUACUGCUUCACUUUGAUCACGGACGGCCCCCUUAGAUCGUGGCAGUGGCUGUUCAUGGCUUACGGCAUCAUCUCCGCCGUCUUUGGCGUUUUCGUCCUUUGGUGGAUGCCUGACUCCCCGAUGCGUGCCAAGUGUUUUAGCGAAGAGGAUAAGCAUCUGAUGGUUGAAAGAGUUCGAGAUAAUCAGACCGGGCUGCAGAACCGAACUUUCAAAAAGGAACAGGUUUGGGAGGCGUUAACUGACCCCCAGACAUGGUGCUACGCCGGAAUUCAGUUCACCACGACCCUACCAACUAGCGGCCUCGGCGCCUUUGCGAACUUGAUUAUUUCUGGGAGUCUAGGAUUUACCAAUCUUCAGACGCAGCUUUUGUCCAUGGUCCUCGGCUUUUACAUCGUCAUGGUUCUCCUAGGCUCUGUUUGGCUGGUGAAGAAGUUUAACCAGAACAUCUUGACUAUGCUGGGCUUCGUUAUCCCAUCAUUCGUGGGUACCAUUUUGCUUAUGACGGUACCUAACGAGACCUUCGCACAACAUGUGGGACUGCUCAUAUCCUACUAUAUCACCCUAUCUUUCUGGGCAGCGCAAACCUUAGGUCUCUCCCUAAUGUCUCGUAAUGUCGGAGGCCAGACCAAGAAGACUGUUGUGGUGGCUACCAAUUUCAUCUUCUGGUCGGCAGGUAACGCUAUUGGUCCCCAAGUGUUUCUAUCACGCGAAGCACCUAAGUACCAUACAGCAUUUGCAACUCAUCUUGGUUGCUACGCUCUUCUUGUUAUCAUCCUCUUGUUCUUCCGCUUUUAUCUGUCAAGGCAGAAUAAGAAGCGGGAUGCACUGGCUGCGGCUGGUGUUAGCGAGGCUCAUGAUGAGAGGAUGGCUCACGCUUUUGAAGACCUGACGGAUAGGGAGAACCCGAAUUUUAGAUAUGAAUAUUAG